CCGUAAGAAGGUGAAACGCUCAGUGUGUGGUGAUCAGUCAGGCAGGUUGCAUCUACGUUCACUCAACAGCUUGUAAGAAUGUCGGAAGAAGAUGGCUUCGACCACUUACUAUCAAAGGUGGGAUUCGGACGAUGGCAGCUGCUAAUGAUCUCCACAUCGUUGUUUAUGACGAUGGUGUUGCCAAUUCACAUGGUUGGCUCACCUCUAAUCAGUGCUCCCGUGUCUUUCCGCUGCUUCGCUGAUGCUACGUCUGAUGAUGGGUUUCAACCAUCAUUUGAAAGGGUCAACAGUUCAUCCAGCAACAGCAGUGAUUACUACAACAGUAUCUGCCUGAACCACACCAUCCCAGUCACUGUUGCUACACUGGAGGCCACCACCAACUCUAACAGCUCAACCCGCCGUAGAACCAACCUGCCUUCCUGCCCCUUUAUUAAAUAUGACAGCUCCAUCUUUACCUCAACCGUUAUUUCUGAGUAUGACCUGGUGUGUGAGAGAAUGUCUUUACAGCCUUAUUACCAGAUGGUGUUCAAUAUUGGAGGAAUAUUGGGCAGUUUUAUCGGUGGCCACAUUGGAGACAGAUGGGGUCGCAAGAAAGCUGUGCAGAUUGGGGCCUUAGGUAACAUCUUGGCAGUGUUGGGCAUGGUAUUUGUGCCCUCCUAUCCUUUCAUACUACUGAUGAGACUAUUAAAUGGCUGUAGCUGUAUAGGUGUACUUAUACCUACGUGGAGCUUGAUUCUCGAGUCAACACCAUCCAAUAUUCGCAGUCUGGUCGGGAUGCUUGGAGGGUUACCGUACUCUGUGUGUGUUAUAGCAUUUGCAGGCGUGAGCUACUACAUUAGGACUUGGCAAUACCUCUUGUUAGUCUGUUCAUCCCCAGUGACUUUACUGUUGCCAUUAUCUUUCAUUGUGAAUGAAUCGCCCCGCUGGUUGGUGCAGAAUGGGAGGGCAAAGGAGGCAACAAAAAUUCUAGAGAGAGCUGUGAAGCAGAACAAAGUAAAACUUUCAGAUAAUUUAGAGACCAUCAUCAAUAAAAUAAUAGAGGCAGGUACUAAACCAAGCCAACAGAAUGAAAAUCAGGAUGAUCAGAAGUCUGCUUUAUCCGAGGUAAGGGCUGGCUUAAAUCAGCUAUGGCUGUACAUCCGCAGCCCGGGUAUGCGUGCCAUCUUACUUGCCACAUCUCUCCUGUGGUUCAUUCACUGCGGUUUCUACUUGGGUAUUACCAUUAAUGCUAACAAUUUUACCAGUACGAACCCUUUCCUGUAUGUUGCGCUCACGGGUGUCAUGGACGCAUCUGCUAUUCUCACAAUUACACCUCUCACGACCCGACUGGGCAGACGCAUCAUUGUCGGGAUGGGUCUGUUUGUGGGCGGCAUUUUAAUUUUGCUGGACCUGCUUGUCCCAGUAUACUAUUCUUGGCUCAAGUGGGUGCUGGUGAUGGGAGGAUUCUUAUUGGUGGCUGGAUCAUUCCAAGUAAAUUUCGUAUAUGCACCAGAACUGUUUCCAACAGAAACUCGGACACGAGGCUUUGCUUUUGUCAACAUGAUAGGCAGCCUUGGGUUCAUAUGUGCCCCCCUUGUCACAGACAUAUUGGGUCAGCACACUUGGUGGGGAUCGAGUGUGGUCUUUGGAUGUUCUGGCAUUCUUGGGAGUCUUAUGCUAAUAUUUCUCCCAGAGACAAACCAUCAACCCCUCCCUGAAACACUGCAAGAUGUAGAAGACAGAAGAAGAGCAGCUAAAAAUAAAUCUAAAAAGUCUGGUGUGGAAAACGAAGCUUAUCAAAAUAGUGAAUAAAAUAGAGUAUGAAACUAGAAUACUGUAUACAUACUGUUUUUGUUAAAUUAUAUAGAAACAAUAUAUUUUAUUCAAAUGCAAUUCAUGUGUAAAGUUAAAACGGAUGACUGGAAAGUAAUGACAAACGGCCCUAGAGUUUUAAAAGCAACUUAUUUCCAGAAUCAUCACAUUUAUAUUUUGGUUAUGUAAUACUGUGCCAACUCUGUACUACCUGUCCAUACAAUCACCAUCCAUUAAUUCAAUAAUUUCUUCUUUAACUUCACUUUCAAUCCCAGCACGUGUAGAUAAAUGGACCAAUGAGAGACCAGGAAUGUAUGGGACAUGGGUGAUAAGUUUCCAGCCAAACCUUCCCACAUCUGACAUGUUGAAUAGUGAGGUCAUGUGUGUGUCUUUGGCAUUCAGGGCACAAGUUCCUCACAGUAUUGAAGUAAGACACUUGUGGUUGAAAACUCACUUUAAAACUACUGGCUGUGUUAUAACUUUCCAAUCACCCUUCAUAAAAUAGGCAGAUAUUUAGUAGUGUACUGAGUUAUGGUGCUGAGAGAGGCAGAUAUUUAGUACGUACUAAGUUAUGGUGUUGAGAGAGGUAGAUAUUCAGUACAUACUAAGUUAUGGUACUGAGAGAGGUAGAUAUUCAGUACAUACUAAGUUAUGGUGCUGAGAGAGGGAGAUAUUUAGUACGUACUAAGUUAUGGGGCUGAGAGAGGUAGAUAUUCAGUACAUACUAAGUUACGGGGCUGAGAGAGGCAGAUAUUUAGUACGUACUAAGUUAUGGUACUGAGGUAGAUAUUCAGUACAGUACUAAGUUAUGGUGCUGAGAGAGGCAGACACAAAAGGUGAAUAUUAUACAGCCUGACACCCUACAUAGUGUAAGUUAUAGUGUAUAUAUGUUCGGAAACCUUUAUCAAUACAUUAUACAUUUUCCUUAUACAGCACUGUCUGUGCAUUCACUCAUCAUACAUCUCCCGUAUUAUUUUUCUCGUCUUGUGUGUUUUCAUGUUCAUAGCUAAUUGUAUUUUUGUUUUCAUCAAUCGUCUCUUAGCUUUCUUUUCAUCAAUUGCGGAUUUAACUCUCCUUAGUGUUUACAGUUUGUGAUUUAUAUGUUAAUUAUUGAUGAAUAUUGUAUUGUUAACCCUUCGAGAACGCAUCUUUUGAUGUUUCACUUGGCAAAGGUCAGAUGAUUUUAUUCAGCUUAGAGAGGACCCCAAACACAAGGAGUUAGACAACUGUGUCUUCCAUACCGUUACCUUGGUCAACAACGACGUGCUUUUUGCCUUUCAAGAGUGACCGAGACGAACAAAGUCAGAAUGACAUAUUUAAAGACAAACAUUGUUGAAGAUAAUAAUGACGAUGUAUAUAUUAAAAAGAACUGAGGAAUUUUAUUUUUUAUUCAUCUUUCUUACCCGUAGAACACUAACUCUCAAAUGAGUCCCAGUGCACUAUGACCCGGAUGACAAGAACAAACAAAAACUAGCACUGGUUAAAAGAAAAUCUAAUUACGUACACUACUGCAUAAAAAAAUUCUAGUGAUUCUUAUACAGUAGUUCCUCAGAAUUUUACAAUUUGAGUAAGUUGUGUUAAUUAAAAAGCUUGAAUUAAUUUAAUACCGGUACAUACAGAAUAUUUUAAACGUGAAAUACGUUGUGCCCGUAAGUUUUAAAUCACCCUUAUAUAAUUUUAUCAAUAAUACUGCAGCCUCCAGAUUGUCAUGACAUGUGACGUUGAAAGUAAAUACAUGGUGAAUGCCAUUACCUACCUGGCAAAGUCAAGCAUACCAAGACCAAUGUUACUACAGAAUUCUAGAAUAUUCUGAAUACCCUGUACAGUAUAUUAAAUUAUUUCAAAGCUCAUUAACUUAUACUAAUUACUCAAAUUUUAAUAUUCUGAACCCAGAUCCUUAACCAGCAUGUAAAAGAACACCUUUGUAUGAAUUUAGAGCAUAAUCCAUGUUUUGACCUCAUAUGUCAUUAUUUUCACAAUAAAAUGCCUUUUCUCUGGAAAAGGAAAACUAACGUUAGUUUUCAGUUUCCAGAGAAAAGGCAUUUGCUAUGUACAUUCUAAAUGAACAUCUUCCGCGAAAUGUCAACGACUGCUCAUCCACCAUUACAUUCUUUCCUGGCACAUAAUUGUCCUUGCAAUGCUCCAUGAACUUGUCCCACACAGCCCACACUAGAUCAAACCUGUCUGUUUUCACCCUCUCCACCCGUGUAUUUGGAUCAUCAAAUCGGAGGCAUCGUGUUAAAAACUUAGAAAUGACACUGUUCUUUUGGCACUUAGUUUGCUAAGUUAUUUGGCACCUCUGGGCCCAUGAUUGGCCAAUUUUGCACUUCUAAAUAACACGAAUCUUCCUUCUUUCAUUUUGAAAGACAUGCUAAAUAUAUAUUUUUUAGUUGCUGCAGUGUAGAAGCAACAAUUAAAAUUUAUUACUUGGUUGGCUACACUAAACUAUCACUACAGUACAACCGUUCAACAAAUAUAUUUAAUUUUCUUUUGCAAUGCAGAAUACCAAGUGUCUAUUUUCGUUUUAUUAUCUACUAUGUUUGUCUACAGUCUAUUUUAAAUAUUUUGUAAUUUUUAAAAAAUUGUAUUGAUUAAAAAUAAAAUAAUUGUAAUUGGA